CGGUGAGGCCCUUCCAAGGCGGCGGCGGCGGCGUGGCGGAUGCGAUGAUGUCCAACCCGGAGCACGGCCUGCCCUUUCUCCCGGGCUCGUCCUUUACGGACUCCACGAAAACAGACUUUCACAGGAGCCAGACACUGAACUACAGGCAUGGCUAUGCAAUGGCUCGUCGUCCAACCGUUGGGAUAGGCGGGGACCGGCUCCAGGUCAACCAGCUGUCCCAGGCUGACCUGGAUGAGUUGGCCAAUAAAGCACCACUUCUAACUUAUGGCGAACCUAAACCAGCUCCACCUGCGGAUUUUAUUCCUGCGCAUGUGGCUUUUGACAAAAAGGUGCUGAAGUUUGAAGCUUAUUUCCAAGAAGAUGUUCCUAUGUCCACUGAAGAACAUUAUAGGAUCCGUCAGGUGAACAUUUACUACUACCUGGAAGAUGACAGCAUGUCAGUCAUAGAGCCCAUUGUGGAAAACUCUGGGAUCCCUCAAGGCAGAUUAAUCAAACGCCAGCGCCUACCCAAGAAUGACCAAGGAGACCACUACCAUUGGAAGGACCUAAAUCGAGGAAUAAAUAUUACAAUUUAUGGCAAAACUUUCCACAUUGUUGAAUGUGACCGAUUCACACAGGAAUUUUUGGAAAGUCAAGGAAUUGAAUUAAAUCCACCUGAGAAGAUGGCUCUUGAUCCUUACACGGAACUCCGGAAACAGCCUCUUCAUCAGUAUGUGACUCCAUCAGACUUUGAUCAACUCAAGCAGUUUCUCACCUUUGACAAACAAGUUCUUCGAUUCUAUGCGAUCUGGGAUGACACGGACAGCAUGUUUGGUGAAUGUCGGAACUACAUCAUUCAUUACUAUCUUACGGAUGACACGGUAGAAAUUCGAGAGGUCCAUGAACGGAAUGAUGGGCGAGAUCCCUUUCCACUCCUGAUGAACCGCCAGCACAUGCCCAAGGUUUUGGUGGAGAAUGCAAAGAACUUCCCUCAGUGUGUGCUGGAAAUCUCUGAUCAAGAAGUGUUAGAAUGGUAUACUGCCAAAGACUUCAUCGUCGGGAAGCCACUCACUAUCCUUGGGAGGACUUUCUUCAUUUACGAUUGCGAUCCAUUUACUCGACAGUAUUUCAAAGAAAAGUUUGGAAUCUCAGAUUUACCACGUAUUGAUAUGAGCAAGAAGGAACAACCUCCUAUAAAACAGGAAUUACCUCCCUAUAAUGGUUUUGGACUAGUCGAAGACUCUGCUCAGAAUUGCUUUGCUCUCGUUCCAAAAGCUCCGAAAAAAGAUAUUAUUAAAAUGCUGGUGAAUGAUAACAAGGUGCUUCGUUAUUUGGCUUCACUGGAAUCCCCCUACCCAGAAGACAAAGGCCGCCGAUUUGUCCUUUCUUAUUUUCUAGCCACUGACAUGAUCAGUAUCUUUGAGCCUCCUGUUCGCAAUUCUGGUAUCAUUGGGGGCAAGUACCUUGGCAGAACAAAAGUUGUCAAACCACACUCUUCAGUGGAAAACCCCAUCUACUAUGGCCCUAGUGACUUCACUAUUGGCGCUGUGAUUGAGGUGUUUGGCCACCGGUUCAUUAUCACUGAUGCAGAUGACUACGUCUUGAAAUAUAUGGAGAGCAAUGCUGCCCAGUAUUCACCAGAAGCACUCUUGUCGAUUCAGAACCAUAUGAGAAAGCGAGAAUCUCCUGCACCAGAAUUGCAAAACAAACAAACUGAAGUGGAUUCAGGCAUGCAGGACCUGGAGGCAUUAAUAGACACAAUCCAGAAGCAGCUGAAAGAUCAUCCCUGCAGAGACAACAUUCGCGAGGCAUUUCAAGUGUAUGACAAGGAAGCCACAGGAUACGUGGACAAAGAGGCGUUCUUUAACAUCUGCGGCUCCCUCAACGUCCCCGUUGAUGAUUCCUUGAUUAAGGAGUUAAUCAGGAUGUGCUCGCACGGAGAAGACAAGAUCAACUACUACAACUUUGUUCGUGCUUUCUCCACCUGACCUGGCCGAGGAGAGGCUGCAGUGCGGGAUUUUGAGGUUGGACCUAGACCUACAAUUUGAAAUAUACCUUGUACUCUUCUUCAUAGAGGCAUUUACAGAGUUCCUGAGCUCCUGAAAGUAUAUAUUUUUUUCUUUCUUUUCUUUCUUCUUUCUUUCCUUUCUUGUUCUUAUAUUUCUCUACUUCUGAAGGUUAAGUUAAAUUGGAUCUUGUAAGAGCUAAGAUUGGUGCCUUAUUGAGGGAGGUAGAGGUAAGAGUGUUGUGAUGGUUAAUUUUGUGUGUCAAGUUGACUGGGCCUUGGGGUACCUAGACAUUUGGUCAAACCUUAUUUCUGGGUGUCUAUGAGGGUAUUUCUGGAUGCGGUUAUUGUUUGAAUUGGUGGGCUGAGUAAAGCAGACUGCCCUCCCCAAUGUGGGUGGGCCUCACCCAGCUCAUUCAAGGCCUAAGUAGAACAAAAAGGCUGCCCCUGCCCCAAAUAAGAGUGAAUUCCCCCUGCAUGCCUUCAGACUGCGACAUCAGCUUUCUCCUGCCUCUGACUCAGACUGCAGUAUUAGCUCUUCCUGGGUCUAAGCAUGUGGCCUUCAACUGGAACCGCACCAUGGUCUCACGGGUCUCCUCCUGCUUGCUGACUUGUCUAUCUUCAUAAUCACGUGAACCAUUCCUUAUAAUAAAUCUCGUUCUCUCUCUAUACAUA